AUGGCAGAAGCUCGCGUCGUUGUCGAUGAGUCAGACCGUACCGAACCCGGCCCGCAGCCCCUAUCUAAACAGUGCAUUGUAGAUUCCCCGACCCAGAGCAACAAGACCGUCGAGGUCAACGGCCAGACCAUCCCGACCGACACCUGGUUCAACGUCCCAAAGACCGUCCUCGACGCGGCGUCGCGCAAGCUCCACCUCCAAAAGGAUCACCCCGUGUACAUCACCCGCCAGAUCAUCGAGUCGCAGUUCCCAGCGCCGACAUACAAGUACCACAACACCUUUGACCCUGUCGUUUCUACGCACCAAAACUUCGACUCGCUAGGCUUCCCCGCCGACCACCCCGGCCGCGCAAAGUCCGAUACCUACUACUUCAACAAGGACACGCUCCUCAGAACACACACCAGCGCGCACCAGGCGCAGACGUUCAAGAAAAACCUGAGCGAGGGAUACCUCAUCAGCGCCGACGUUUACAGGCGCGAUGCCAUCGAUAGGAGUCACUACCCCGUCUUCCACCAGAUGGAGGGCGCCCGUAUGUGGGAUCGGACCAAGGUGCCCAACGGCGACAUCGCCGCCGCCGUUUGGGAGGACGUCAACAGGUUGCCGAAGCACAAUGUCAAGGUCGAGGAUCCCCAUCCCGCCUUCGAUGCGGAGCGUAACCCCCUGCAGGAGGGCCACCACACGCCCGCCGAGGCCGAGGCCAUCGGCGCUCACCUGAAGCGGUCUCUCGAGAACAUGGUUGUUGAAAUCUUCACGAGAGCGAAGGCUGCCGCUGCGAAGGCGGAUCCCGACUACAAGGACGAGCCCCUGAGAGUCCGCUGGGUGGAAGCAUACUUCCCGUUCACCAGCCCCUCGUGGGAGCUCGAGGUCUACUACGCUGGGGACUGGCUCGAGGUGUUGGGCUGCGGCGUGGUGAAGCAGGACAUCUGCAUCAACGCGGGAGUGCCGCAACAACUGGGUUGGGCCUUUGGUAUCGGUCUCGAGCGCAUCGCCAUGCUCCUCUUCCAGAUCCCCGACAUCCGUCUGUUCUGGUCACAAGAUGAAAGGUUCUUGAGCCAAUUCAAGGGCGUGUCUGACCAGCUGGACUCGAUGAAGCGCUUCGUGCCCUUCUCCAAGCACCCGGCCUGCCCCAAGGACAUAUCCUUCUGGCUCCGGAGCACGUCCGCGGCCGGGGGGAACACCAAGGCCAACACGCAGGACUUCCACGAGAACGACUUCAUGGAGCUGGUGCGCGACAUCGCCGGCGAGAGGGCCGAGGACGUCCGGCUGGUGGACGAGUUCACGCACCCCAAGACGGGGAGGCGCAGCAUGUGCUAUCGGAUCAACUACCGAAGCCUAGAGCGGACCCUGACCAACGAGGAGACCAAUGAAUUACAUAGCGAAGUAACUAGGAAAUUGGUAGAAAAGCUAGGUGUCGAAGUCCGGUAG